AUGUCUCUGUUCCUGCAAACACAUUACACACUCUUUCAACCUUCACCGCCUCACCCUUCCCUCUUCUCACAUCGAAACCGUAACUCUAACCCCUACAAUUUCUCCCCUCUAAUCCCUACGGAACCUCCCAAAUCCCAAUUCCAAUUUCCCCAUAACCGUUCCCCGGCCUCCACUAUCUCCGCCUCCCGCCGGGACACUUCAGAAACGCCGCAACUCAAGUUGCCCCUUGCUCUAGUGCACGUAACUGUCUCCGCGGUGCUGUUUCUCUGCUGCGGCACUCGUGCUUGUUUGGCCUCUUCUCCUCCUCUAACCACCGUGGUUCAGCAGGAACAAACUAUCCAAGAUGAUAAUGAUGCAAGGAAACAAGAUGGCAGUGAAAAGAUAGAUGUAGAUAAGGAGUUAGAAGCAUCUUUUAAUGCUUGGAAGUCUAAAACCUAUGCAUUGACUGUUCCUUUGAAAGUUGUUGCUUUGCGUGGCUCUAUUCCUCCUUCAUGGAUCAAGGACUUCAUAAAUUCUCAAGGGAAGAGAAUGUCGUUUGACGUGAAGUAUUAUGCAAGUCUUGACAGCAUCUUCUCUGGUCUAUCCAUUCCUUUUACCAAAGGAAAUCUUGGCCCAACAUCUCCUUUGGCAGCAGAUAUUGUCGGUAUUGGUGAUUCAUGGCUAAAAUUUGCCAUUAAAAAAGCUGUAAUUGAGCCAAUACAGGAUGUAGAUGGCCAGGAAUGGUUUAAAAACUUAGCUGAGAAAUGGAAGGUAUACCUACGCAGGAACUGUGAGGGAGAAAUGGAUCCUGAAGGUGAUGUAUGGGCUGUCCCAUAUCGAUGGGGUUGCAUGGUAAUUGCAUACAAGACAAAUAAUUUUCAAAAGUAUAAGUUGGCUCCUAUAGCGGACUGGGCUGAUCUGUGGCGGCCUGAUCUUGCGGGGAGGAUUUCAAUGGUAGAUUCUCCUAGAGAAGUUGUUGGUGCAGUAUUAAAGUAUAUGGGGGCUUCCUAUAAUGCAAAUGACAUCAAUUUGGAAGUUAAUGGUGGAAGAGAUGCAGUUAAACAUAAUUUAGCAUUGCUUGCAAAACAGGUUCGACUCUUUGAUAGCGAAAACUAUCUAAAAGCUUUUGGAGUUGGAGAUGUGUGGGUAGCCGUUGGAUGGAGUAGUGAUAUUAUUCCAGUGGCUAAACGCAUGUCUAAUGUUGCAGUUAUCGUCCCAAAGUCUGGAGCGAGUUUAUGGGCUGACCUUUGGGCAAUUCCUGCCGCCUCUCGGAUUCAAACUAGUCUGAUUGGUGGACGCGUAAGGGGACCGUCCCCAUUAAUCCAUCAGUGGAUAGAGUUUUGUCUGCAAUCUGCAAGAGCACUUCCCUUUAAGCAGGAGGUGAUUCCAGGUGCCUCUCCCCCUCUUCUUCAAGGUCAUUCCGCCAAUGUGUCCUUGGAGUUGGCCAAGGGUAGGCCAAGGCUAAACACCAAUCUCAUUGAUGGAGCACCACCACCUAACAUUUUAGAAAGAGAGUGCGUCAGUAUAUCUCAUCAGCGGUCUCAUUUUCUGGAUGAUUUCAUUCAUAUAUGGCUUGAACACAUUCAUUGGACCCUGAAAUACAUGCCACAAAUCUGUGAUUUUAACUUCCAGAAACAUCCAAGGUUGGUUGAUGUUGUUUGA